GGGAACAAGUGCGUGCGCAUAUGACAACAAACAUGGACGAAAAAGGCUGAAAGUUCCUGUUUUACAUGAUCAACAUUAAUUGAGGAGGCUGUUAACAGCAAAAGCAUGAAUCUCAGCCGUCCGAUCUUUCCAUCUGACCUCCCAAACUGGCAGGAGGUCAAGGUCCUUCUGAACGAACUGAAAGAGAACUGUUUAUCAGAGGCCUUUGAUGCUGAAGACAUUGUGCGACACGUGCAGCUUAUAUACGUAACGAACCAUGAUACAGUUCUGUAUGAUGGCGGACUUCCCAACUCAUCAAACAGCUUGGUGAACAAGACCAGGUCCAAAAGAGACAAACGCAGCAAGAUUGACCAGUCCUAUUUAUGGUUUGGUGUUUGGAAAUUUAUAAGGAAGGCAACAGAAGAAGAAAAUGACAAGUUUCUGUAUACAGUGAUUCCUGGAAUCUGUGAUCUAGUCCUGGAGUCGGAGAACUUGGUGCCGCCAGAUUUCACAUUCAGCGAACAACAGAAAUGUGGCAGUAGUGUUCUCUCUAAAAGAUGUGUGGCAGCCAUCUUGGCCUGCUCCUUCCUGUGCCUGUUCCCAGAGAGAGAGAGGAGUCGAUGGACCAAGCUCAAUGUCAUCAACUUCACCAACUUCUUUAAACACCUCCCAAUGUCAUCACAGAAUGCUAAGAUGCGGUGCAUCUUGAACUACUUUGAAAGAGUGACAGAGCCAGGUGUGGCCUUGUCAGGAAAUAUUACCUAUGCCAGACAGGUGAUAGACACUGAGAUGCUGCUGACGAUGGAAGACGUGAUGUCAUCAGAUGCUGAGCUCUGCUCUAUGUUCAUUCACACUGACGGCUUCAUUGAAGAUCUUGGUAGUGAAGCGAUUGAGGUUGAUUUUGCUAACAGGUCGAUAGGAGGUGGAGUGCUUGGCCGAGGUCGUGUACAGGAGGAGAUCCGGUUCUGUACGUGUCCGGAGCUGAUAGCAUCCAUGCUGUUCAUGGAAAACAUGCUGGACAACGAGGCCAUCUUGAUCAGCGGCUUUGAGCAGUUCUCCCAACACAGCGGCUACGCCUCAGGACUUGAAUAUGUCAGUGAUUACAGGGAUGAUACAGAGGUAGACGAGUGGGGCAACAUGAAAAGGACGCUAUGUGCAAUAGAUGCGACUCCCUUCAAGCACAACAAGUUCCGUCAGUACAAGGAGACCUGUGUCUUGAGGGAAUUGAACAAGGCUCUUGUCGGCUUCUGUGAUGUUGCUGACCUGGACACGUCGUCUCGACUCAGCAUGUCGUCAUCACACGGCCUGAACACAUCAACAGAUGAGGAAUAUCACACCGCGGUCCAGAGCCCCACAGAAGAAGAUGGAGGAAAAAGGCUCUUGUCUAAUUUUGUGGUGACAUUACUAUCACAAGCUAUGCACCAGGCUGUGAAAGAAUCGGUGGACAAACACAAGUCCAGAGAAGAAACCAAAGACUCUGACCAAUCAAAAUCCAGUAGUGGCAGUGUCAGCCAAUCAGAUAUAAGCAUUCCUGAAGUGAACCAAUCAGAGGGUGUCAAUGAUCCUGGCAGGUCCUGUGAUAGAAACCAUAACCAGUUUUCCCGAACUAUCCCAUCCCAGCCUCCUAAUGGAAGCAGCGAUCUGUUGGAUGUAGACUAUGCUGACUGGCUGUCCAAUUUCCGGAGGCGGAGCUCCAACUUGAGUGACGUAUCCCGGAGAAGUAGUUCGAGUACAAAACAUAGUUCCGACUUGAGUUCAGAUUUAGAAGAAAUUUAUGAGUCAUACCUGAAGAAUGAAAAGAAACGUCAUGGCACUAUUGAAGAGGAGACAGCCCAGCCUGGGAUAUCAGAUUUUGCUACCAAGUUGGUGGCCUGUUUGAUGCAGGAAGGCACAUCCACGGCAGCUCAGAUGAUGCCAGGGAUGCAGAUGUUCAGCCAUCUUUCUCCUCCUGAUAAUGCUGUGAAGCCAUGUGCUCUACACCCUGAUCCAUCUAUAGACACUGAAGCAGAUGACGUGCCUGCAUCAGUGUCAGACAGUGAAGAUGACACAACAGAACCUCUACCACACCUACAACACUAUGCCCAAUCCCUACUGGAUGCAACUCUCCCUGACGCCUUCCAGGAUGUGGUCCAACUUGCCUUAUCUCCCCUACCUAGCCCAGUACCUUCCCAUCAAGAUCUUCCAACUGACCGUAUGUACGAGUGGUAUGCUGACCAGAUCGUACAGCAGGUCUUCCUCCAUGUGUCUCAGGAACUGGCUGGGGAGGAGCUGCCCAACUCUCCUGCUCGACGACCGCCCACUGCCGCCAUUGCUACUCAAUCUGCUGAUGCCUCCUCCUCAAGCUCAUCCCACAACAAUUCCUCAGCCUCUUUCUCCUCCAGCUGCUCCUUGUCAUUGUCAGGCAGAAGGACCUCUGAAGACUCCUCUUCUGACAGGAGAACCUCUGAGGGUUGUACCUUUGAUAGGAGGACCCCUGAAGACUCAUAUUCUGAUAGGAAGUCCUCUGACGGGUGUACAUCCGACAGGAGGCUCUCUGAAGGCUGUUCUAAUGAUAAGAGGUGCUCUGAAGGUCUACAUGAAGAAGAUCCUCCUGAUGAUUGUGUUUCUGGAAGGAGGUCAUCUGAAGGUUGCAAUCUGGAAAUCAGUCCCUCUGAAGGUUGUAUAUCUGGUUCUGUGAUAGAGGUACAAAACAUUCAGUCAUUGUCCUGUGAUACUCGGUCCUCCACCCAGAAACCGGACCACGGGGAGGAAACAGACUCCGGCAUUCCAAGUAAACUAGACAAGAUUAUUCCAAAUGACUUUGAGAUCAAGGUUGAUUAUCAUGCAGCUGCUGCAAUAAUUGUUGACCAUGUGUUCCAAACCCUUCCCACCCACCUCGAAUCUCUAGCAGCUACAAGUACAGGCAACCACAGCAUCAAUGGGAGGAACACAAGCAUUCGUAGUCUUAGCACCAGAGGGUCUUUCAAAGGAUUGAGUGAUACUUUGUCAAGUGUGAGUGAUGGGAAGGAUUCCAUGAAAGUAGUCAAACCCGAGGAAUCAGAGAAAAUGUCUCGUGCUGGUCUGCCGAAUGUCGGGGUUCUUACGAAGAAACUGAGUCGCGAGAUGUUAACUAAUGCAUUCCUGAACGUUGAGGACCGAAGACACAUCAAGAGCUAUGAACGUCGCAGCAGUGAGCCCUGUCAUAUAAGUGUUGAACUUUCCCUUCAAGCUUACAAUUCCAAUCAACUAGUUUCCAGGGACGAGGACAAGAGGAGGAAGAUCUCUCGGACGGAUGAUGAUCUGGAAAGGGUGAGAGGAGAGUCAUCACGGAGGGGUUCCUGGAGCAGCUUUCCAACAUCUCGCAGAAGGAGUUCCUGUGGGUUCAAAGAUCCCAUCUUGUCAAAGUUUGCAGAGGAGCUGAUGAAGGCUGACACCACCGUGCCGCCGUUGUUGUUCAUGGGCGCUCAGACCAGCACCAGCACAACAGGGUCUCGACGGAGCAGCUUGAGUGGUUUCAGGGACACGACUCUGGCUAAUCUGGAAAAUGAGCUCCUCAAUAGCAGCUUCUGCCAGCCGUCCAGCCCUCGCCAUAGUAUUAGGUCCAAGGGGUCCCGUAAGGGUCGUGACAAACUGACUCAUUCAGAAAGUUCAGAAACGGAAUAUUGGUUUCCACUUCCGAAGAAGGUUGGGACUGAGUGUCAAGAAGAGCUUUACCGGUCAGGGUAUUAUCACAGCGUUGAUGAGAUUGAAGACUUCGCGGACAUGUUUGCUAAUGACAUCCUCAACCAGGCUGUGAACAUCAUCUACAGAGAUGCCUGUAUCGACAUGGAACGGGAGGAGCUGGCCGGGUCACAACGUGUUCACUCUUAUGCAGAGGAGCUGGCUACAGCUGUGAUACGUUCAGCACUGGAAAGUUUACAAGGGAUGUCUUUUGACGAGGCCUCCAGUGUCAUCUCCAACUCCUCGAAGGCUAUGGGGGACAGUUCGGCUGAUAAUCCUGACUUCACUGACGCCCUGGAUGUCCCGUUUACGCAUGUGGAGCACUUUGCUGACACUCUAUCUGGACAGCUCAUGAAGGAAGCCAUGGACGUGCUGCAGAAGCAUGCCAAAUGCAAGAGUCGGCUCAAAUCCCGAGGACUGCCAAUCUCUACUGGCAACUGGGGUUGUGGGGCAUUUGGUGGCGACCCGCAACUCAAGUCCCUCCUCCAGUGGAUGGCAGCUAGCCUUGUCAAGGCUCCUGGACUGCACUACUACACCUUUAACGAUGGGCGCUUGAUACAGUUUGAUGAGAUCGUGGCCGUCAUCCAGUCACUGGGCUGGACGGUUGGGCGACUGAUGUCAGAGGUCAAAGGUUACUGCAAUAUGAUAAGCGAGGAGAUGGAGAAACGUGGUGAUACCGACGGCUAUCCGUCAAUAACCCUGUUCGAAUAUAUUGUCUCAAACAUAUACAUGUGAAUCAUUGCCCAUGACAAACACAAUACCCUGUCUUUUCUCCUUGAUUUUGUACUGGGCGGCAAAGCAAUGCAACCUCACAGUUUUUACGUUUUUUAUACCAAAUUUGUAACCAGACUGCUAAUGUCGACUCAAGUAUGUUGCUGUUCGAUCGUUGAUCAAAUUCUUGAUGUUACAGCUAGUUCCUGAUCAAAGAAUAAAUAGUUUAUUUUUAACUGAAAUGUGUGUACAAGUGGUGGAAUGAUGAUCUGUUUACACACAUUGUUUACUCAAAUUGUUUACUCAAAUCGUUUACUCAAUUGCCAAACAUUCUCUAAAACUAUUGGGGACACACAAAUGCCUGUGUACUUCUGCUGUAAAACCAAUUUGAGAUUUGUCUCUUAUUAAGAGGUGUCGGGUAGUCCAGUGGUUAAUGUUCUUUCCUGCUGUCGUGGGUUUGAAUCCCAUUGUUGGUUCCUCGUGCCCCUGCUAUGAUUGUUGUGCUGUCAAACCAGGCACAUUAUGGAGUCCGAUGAUUUCAUAUCAGUCUGUGAUGAGCCUUUCUUGUCUCCAGAGACAUUAAACAAAACACCUGGA